AGGAUCCCACCAACAUCGCAACGAAUUCGCGCUGGUCUUCUUUUUUCGCCUUUUUAACUUUUAGAAAAUUCAAAAAGGGGGAGAAAUAAAGAAAUAAAGAAAUAAAUAAACAGCAGCAGAGAGCAAAAAUUAAGAGAACAGAGAAGAGGAGAGAUUGCCAUGUUUUUAUGAUGAGCGGCAGACGAGAAGAAGAUCGAAGAAAGGAAAUGAACAGUGGAAGCAGCAGCAGCAGCAGCACAAGCCCAAAUCAAGAGUGGAGAUUCAAUCAGACUCUGAGGAACGUCCAAGGGCUCCUUAAAGGCCGCAGCUUUCCUGGUAAAGUUCUGUUGACUCGCAAGUCUGAGCCUUUGAAUGAGUGCAUCUCACCUGUAAAUACUCCAGACAUUGGAAGAAGGUACUAUGAUAGUGAUGUUGGGCAAGGAGAUCAGAUGAAUGAUCCUUUUAAGAGAGAUGGUGAAACUUCUGGAAGCGCGGGUGAUAAUGUGAAUCUUCAAAACCUAAGAUCAUCAUCAAAGAAUAGUGAUAGUUCUUCUGCAGAUGAUCAGAGAUCUGUAUCGGGGGCUAGAGCUACAGAUACCGCUAGACUUGCAAAAUUCACAAAGGAACUAUCAAGACCAGCUGUGAUAUUAGAAAAACUACGUGAGUUAUCUUGGAGCGGCAUACCACCAUAUAUGCGUCCAAAUGUCUGGAGGCUUCUCUUGGGAUAUGCACCAACUAAUUCAGAUAGACGUGAGGGAAUUUUAGCAAGGAAACGAGUCGAGUACUUGGAUUGUGUCUCUCAAUAUUAUGACGUUCCUGAUGCUGAUCGUUCGGAUGACGAGAUAAGCAUGCUUCGCCAGAUUUCUGUUGAUUGCCCGAGAACAGUACCUGAUGUCAUUUUCUUCCAGCAGCCACAAGUUCAGAAAUCCUUGGAGCGUGUCCUCUAUACAUGGGCUAUUCGGCAUCCGGCAAGCGGAUAUGUUCAAGGAAUAAAUGAUCUUGUCACACCAUUUCUCAUGGUAUUUUUAUCCGAGCAUCUUGAAGGCGGCAUGGAUAACUGGUCGAUGUUGUCUCUUUCUCCGGAAAAUAUAUCUAACAUAGAAGCCGACUGCUAUUGGUGUCUUUCAAAAUUGCUUGAUGGUAUGCAAGAUCACUACACAUUUGCUCAGCCAGGAAUUCAACGACUUGUCUUCAAAUUGAAGGAACUGGUUCGGCGAAUAGAUGAACCUGUUUCAAGACACAUGGAGGACCAAGGCCUCGAGUUUCUUCAGUUUGCUUUUCGUUGGUUCAAUUGUCUCUUGAUACGUGAGAUCCCAUUUCAUCUUGUUACGCGUUUGUGGGAUACAUACCUUGCUGAAGGGGAUGCAUUACCAGAGUUUCUCGUGUACAUAUCUGCCAGUUUUUUGUUGACAUGGUCUGAUAAGCUCCAAAAGCUCGAAUUCCAGGAGAUGGUCAUGUUCCUUCAACAUCUUCCCACACAGAAUUGGACCCACCAUGAACUGGAGAUGGUCCUAUCAAGAGCUUACAUGUGGCAUACUAUGUUCAACAGCUCGCCAAGUCAUUUAGCCAAUUAGAAAGUAUAAUCAAUUUCUUUCUUCCUGGUUUCGAUAUAAUUAUUCCCUUUUUGCUCGCCUUGUAUUGUUCUUCCGUUAUGAGAGGGGUUUUGUUUCUUUUACUAUGUCUUGCGAAGGAAAGUGAGAUCUUGUAAUCUUAUGUUAUAUAAUCUGUACAUGUUGCGCAACUUAUUGUAUGCCUAUUGAUGCCUCUGUGGUGUGUGUAUCGAUGAAGUUAAGCGUUGAUCAGUAGUUUACAUUGUUAUCUUUUCAAACAUGCUUGUAAAGAUUUGUUUUUUGAGAAAUUUGACGAUUUUCCAUUUGAAGA